AUGUAUUUUGCAUCUUUUGCUUUUUAUGAACAAGUUUUAAAUUUAUUUGAAAAAUAUUUACCAAAAGUGGAUGCUGUAGAACAACUUGCAUCUGCUUUAUUGGAUCAACCAUUUCCUUUUCCAGGAGAACAAAUUCAUAAUAGUGAUCCAGCAAAACGAUUAAUUAAUUAUUCUAUAGUUAGACCAAUUAAUGAUACUUUUACAAAUACUAAAUUAGUUUCUACAGCAACAUUAAUUAAUAAAUUUGGAGCAUCUGAAGUUAUUGAUAUUUUAAGUCAUAUGAUGUUAGAAAGAAAAUUUUUAUUUGUAUCAGAUUAUUUAAUGACUCUUUCUAAUACAAUUUCAUCUUUUAUUACAUUAAUGUCACCAUUUGUAUGGCAACAUGUUUUAAUUCCAUUAUUACCUAAAAGUCUUGUAACAUAUUGUGCAGCACCAAUGCCAUUUGUAAUUGGAUGUUUAAGAACAUUAUAUCCAGAAAUUCAAAAUGAAUGUGGAGAUAUUUCUGAUGUUUUUGUUAUUGAUAUUGAUAAUGGAAAUUAUAUAAAUAAACCAGACUUUCCAAUGCUUCUUGUCUCUGACACAAGUAUUGGACUUCGUAAUAUUUUAUCAAACAUUGUAAGUAAAGAACCAAAACCAGAAGAUGAUACAGUUGUACGAGCACAGGUUCUUAAAUUUUUUCAAAGAUUAUUUUUAAAUUAUCAAAAAUGUUUUAAAGAAGUUAAACCAACUGAAGAAGAUAAAAACAAUCCUCGAUUUAAACCAAUUCAAUUUAAAUGGUCAAAAUUUAUUAAAAAAUUAGAUCCUGAUAAUGAAGCUUUUAUUACUGAAUUUCAACAAUCUCAAAUGCUUGAUAUGUUUAUUGAAGAACGUGAAAAUAUGUUAAUUAAUAAUCAAAGUUUACUUACUAAAUGUCCUUUACUUGUUAAUAGUAUUACUGCUAUUCCUGAAGCAACAACUUGUCAUUGGAAAGUAUUAACAGAUUAUUUUCCUACUCCAACGUCAGAACAAAAAAUUUGUUUCUUUUGUAAACAAAAUAUUUUAACAAAUAUGCCAUGUUCUUUAUGGGAAGGGAAGCCAAUACAUUCUAAAUGUUAUAGAUGUCAGUCUUGUUUUAAAGUAAUUGUUGGAGAUAGAGAAAGUAUUGACCAUCGUUGUAUUUAUUGUGUAAGUAAAAAUCUUCCAAUUCAAGUACAUACAGAAAAAGACUAUUUAAAUCAUUUUAAUAAUAAAUCAGUUAAAACAGCUUUUGCUAUGAAAAGAUGGAAAAGAGAAAUUAAACAAACGGUUGGUAUUGUUAAUUAUAUUAAAAAAUCAGAUGACUUUAGUUCUUCUGAAAACUUAGAUGAAAUAGAAAUAUCAGAACCUACUGAUUUUCAUUCUGUUAAAGUAGAUAUUAAAUUUGACAUUUCAAAACCUGCACCUCCACUUCCUUCUAAAAAAGAAUCUACUCAAUUUCGUACUACAUCUUCUUCAGAUAAUGGAAUGAUUUCUCAAAAAUCUCUUUCACAUUCUACUCCAAACAGUUCAAAACCAGCAUUACCUCCUAAACCACUUUCUAUGAGUAAUGAAAAAAGUAAACCAAAUAAAGAACGUCCUACUCUUCCAAAAAAAUCAAUCAAACAAGUAGCAACAGAACCAAUUGGGCUUCCUUUUAAUUCUUCACAUCCAAAAGAAGAUAAGAAAAAACCAGAAUUACCUAAAAAAACAACAAUACCAAAUGGAAAUUCAUCAAGUAAAAUUAAUACUUUUCAACCUUCAACUGUAAAUUCUUCAUCACCAAAGAAGAGUCCUAAUGAAAAAACAACAAAAAGUCGACAAAAUGGUGGAGAUGUUGCUCGGUUAGCAGGAAUGUAUGAAAAUAUGAAUUGA